CUCGAGCCCCCCUCGCUUUGCGUCCCCCCUCCCGCGCCCGCCGCCGCCCCCCUCCCGCCCCGCGCCUCUACGCCUCAGUCCAGCGCAGGCGCUCGUUCGGUGAGGUUGCGAGCUGUAGUUGAGUGCGUCGGCGCUGCCUCUUCCUCGUCUUUCUGCUCUCUUGUAAGUGUGGACGGUUGUCUUCACUUCUUCUGUCGGUGUUUUCUCAUCUACCUCUCUGCCUCUCUUUCGCGAUGCAAGUCAAGGUGAGUGAGACCGGUGUUUCUUCAAUGAAGGUCCCAAUGUCCAAACGAACGAUGGACACGGAUGAGCGAGGCUCAGACGACCUGCUGUCGCAGAGCGGCGGUGUGAGCAAUGGCUCCGUGAUGAGUCCGCAGCCCAACCACGCCGAGAACAACAACGACGCCAAGAAGGUGAAAUUGGAUAAGCAGAACGGGAAGCCGUCGAAGGUGAUCCACAUCCGCAACAUCCCCAACGAGGUGACGGAGGCGGAGAUCAUCCACCUGGGCAUUCCCUUCGGACGCGUCACCAAUGUCCUCGUGCUCAAGGGCAAGAACCAGGCUUUCUUGGAGAUGGCGGACGAGGUGGCGGCGUCCACCAUGGUGACGUACUUCACCAACUGCAUGGCGCAGCUGCGCGGGCGUGCAGUGUACGUGCAGUUCUCCAACCACAAGGAGCUUAAGACCGACCAGACGCACUCCAACGCUAACGCGUCGGCCCAGGCGGCGCUGCAGGCGGCCAGCGCGCUGUCGGGCCAGAGCGAGACGCAGGGCGGCCCCAACACGGUGCUGCGCGUCAUCAUCGAGCAUAUGGUCUACCCCGUCACCCUCGACGUCCUCUGCCAGAUCUUCACUCGGUUUGGAAAGGUGUUGAAGAUCGUGACAUUCACUAAAAACAACACGUUCCAGGCUCUGAUCCAGUAUCCAGACGUCGUGACUGCCCAAGCCGCCAAGCUGUCGCUGGACGGCCAGAACAUCUACAAUUCGUGCUGUACUCUGCGCAUUGAGUACUCCAAGUUGACGAGUCUGAACGUGAAGUACAACAAUGACAAGAGCCGCGACUACACCAACCCCAACCUGCCCACCGGCGACCCGGGGCUGGACGCCGCGGCGGGGCUGGCCGGGCUGGGCGGUGCUCCAGGCGUGUUGGCAUCACCAUUUGCUGCCAUGCAUGGACUUGGCUCACCACUCACCUCACCAUACAGUAAUUCUGCAGUGGGCAGUCUAGGAGCUCCAGGCAUGCCACUGGCAGGUUUCCAAGUACCAGGUGCUGCUGCUACAACGGCAUUAGGUGCUGCAGGCAUACGCCUUCCUGGCACUAUCAGUGCCACUGGCUGUGUGCUACUUGUCAGCAACCUGAAUGAAGAGAUGGUCACACCUGAGGCUCUCUUUACCCUGUUUGGCGUUUAUGGCGAUGUGCAACGUGUGAAGAUUCUAUAUAACAAGAAAGACAGUGCUCUCAUACAAAUGGCUGAACCUCAUCAGGCACAUCUCGCAAUGACACACAUGGACAAAUUGAGAGUUUUCGGCAAGCAGAUUCGUGUGAUGCCUUCAAAGCACCAGACUGUUCAAUUGCCAAAAGAAGGGCAACCUGAUGCUGGACUCACAAAAGAUUUUACUAAUUCGGCUCUGCAUCGCUUCAAGAAACCAGGAUCUAAAAAUUACCAGAACAUCUAUCCACCGUCCGCCACAUUGCACCUCUCCAACAUUCCACCGUCCAUCUCCGAAGAAGAGAUUAAGGAAGCAUUUACUAAAAAUGGAUUCCAUGUCAAAGCUUUUAAAUUCUUCCCUAAGGACAGAAAAAUGGCCCUGAUUCAGCUUCCUUCGAUGGAUGAUGCUGUGACAGCUUUGAUCAAAAUGCACAAUUAUCAGCUGAGUAGUUGUUUGAAAGUUUGCUCAGAACAGCUGGCGGUGGCGCACAUGUGCAGCAUUUACUCUGAUCUUUUGAUGAUUAGUAUAAACACUUCAUCAGGGGGAAGUUGUGGAGUGAAC